GUACUGUUUAAUUGCUUGGUGCUUAACUUAGUGCUUUUAGUGCUUAGUACUCCGUAGUCUCCGCCAUUCUUUCCGCCGGGCCGGCCUCUUUCAAGUUUCAACAUCCAACCCGCGCGUCCUUGCAUUCUUCCUCCCUCUCCUUCUCUCUCUUCUAUUCUAUCUCUUCCUCUCCUCCCUAACCCCCCUUCCUUAUUCUCUCUUCAAUCUCAUUUCCCACCACCUUUUCAUUCUUGAUUGGCACUAUCAGCAGUACAAUGCCCUUUCUCACUGACCGUUCCUAAACAUCCACGACCCGCAAUUGUGUUCACCGCGCAGGCAGCAAUGGCCGCAAUGGGGAAGAGUCCUGCGACCCGGAAGGAAACCCUUCUCUCGCGCCGCUACAUUGAGGGCCUUAUCGCAGAUGGGAAACAGAUCAUCAUCUUCGACGAUCGUGUCUUGAAAGUCGACGCUUGGAUUCCCUAUCACCCCGGAGGUGAUAAAUCCAUCAGACACAUGGUCGGAAAGGAUGCAACGGAUGAGAUCAAUGCAUUGCACUCCAAGGAAGCGCGUCAACGCAUGCUAUCGUUCCAGAUCGGCCGCAUCCAGGGCCCAUGGUUGAACUUCCUGCCUCCGUUCCAGGGCGGGAAGUUCCGUCCCUACACCGAAGAUUGCGUCUCCGACGACGAGAGUUCAGGCCAGGAGAGUUCCGGACAGGAAACGUCACAGCCUCCGUCCCCGAUCUUCGACGCAGUAGAUUCGACUGCGUCUCUUCGCCAGCGAAAGGCCCCCUCCGCCGAAACCCCGGAUUCAGCCGCACCGCUCGAGGACGAGUCCAAACCCAAACCCUUCUUUCUCGAUGCGCGAACUCGGGAAGAGAUCAUCUUUGACACUGCCAAAUAUCCCUCCCUCGACGCAGCAAAUCAAGACAAAAUUCGGCAGCGAUACCGUCAAUUAGACCAACAGAUUCGGGCGGAGGGUCUGUACGAUUGCCGCUACUUCUCAUACUUCAUCGAAUGUUGUCGGUAUACACUGUUCGCGGGCCUGUCAUACUACUUCCUCCAUCUAGGGUGGUAUGGGACGUCUGGGUUCUUCUUGGGAUGCUUCUGGCACCAGCUUGUCUUUACCGCCCAUGAUGCUGGCCACAUGGGUAUAACGCAUAACUUUCACUUCGAUUCAGUGAUUGGUAUUAUUAUCGCCGACUACCUGGGAGGACUGAGUCUCGGGUGGUGGAAACGGAGCCAUAACGUUCAUCAUAUCGUGACCAACGCCCCCGAGCAUGAUCCAGACAUUGAGCAUAUGCCGUUCUUUGCCAUUUCCCACCGCUUCCUCACCAGUCUGCGCAGUACAUACUAUGACCGCGUGAUGACCUUCGACGCUGUAGCGAAGUUCAUGCUGCGCUUCCAGAACUAUCUCUACUACCCUAUCCUCCUCUUUGGGCGAUUCAACCUGUACCGUCUGAGCUGGGAAUAUCUAUUCAUGGGCCAGGCGCCGAAGAAGGGCCCUGCCUGGUGGCAUCGCUGGUUCGAGAUUGGCGGGCAGGUCUUCUUCUGGUAUUGGUUUGGCUACGGGGUGAUGUACUGCACCAUCCCCGACUGGAAGAGCCGGUUGACCUUCCUUAUGAUCUCGCACAUGGUCACCUCGCCCCUCCACGUGCAGAUCACCCUCUCCCAUUUCGCCAUGUCCACGUCCGACAUGGGGGUCACCGAAUCCUUCCCCCAGAGAAUGCUGCGCACCACCAUGGACGUAGACUGCCCGACUUGGCUCGACUGGUUCCACGGCGGCCUGCAAUUCCAAGCCAUCCACCACCUGUACCCGCGCAUUCCCCGCCACAACCUGCGCCGUACGCAACGGCUGGUUCUGGAUUUCUGUCGCGACACCGGCAUUCCCUACACCAUCUUCACCUUCUACGAUGGCAACAAGGAGGUCAUCGGCAAGCUCGGCGAUGUGGCCAAGCAAGUCCGCAUUCUGGAGGAAUGUAGAAAGUCGUGUGCUCAACAGGGAGUCUUCUCGGAUCACCACUAGAACCCAAACUCACUAGGAACAGACGGAUGCUGAUAUUCGGUGGGUGCUGUGGGUUUGUUCUCCGGCGGUAUGGUAUGUAAGCGUAGAACUGCUUUUGUAUAUAGUUCAGUCCCCUUGGCCAGACACAGACACGCAUGUACAUGUAAACUUGGACGCAGGACUUACGUUACGCAUCGGUGUUAUCAAUGGUCACUUAUGAAGAAUCUGACGUUUCUAAUGACGUGAUGUUUGGUUUGGCUGGGCUCUUUUGGUCGUUCGAUAAGUUAGAUUGUUGUCACUUGUGCUGGUUGCAUCCUACACGAUCUCCCAUUACCUCCUCUAUUAGAGUGCAGCUUAUGU